AUUCGGUCCUUUGUUUUUAUGUCCAAAACUGAGAUACUCAGCAAGCUUCAAAUCACUAAACUAAGUUUUAAACUCGCAGCAUCCACAGUCCGGACCAGAAAAAUACAUUAUACAAGGGGCUAUUGAUAAAGUAUGUCUCGAGUGGCUGGGAUGUCCAUCAGCACGUGUCAGACGAUCGAUACAGAGUUGUGUGCUGACUCUGUGGAGUGGUGUCCCCUGACCGACCUUCAGGAUGUGCUUGUGUGUGGAACAUAUCAGCUCCAGGAACAGUCUGAGGCAGAAAGCAAUGAGGAACAGACCCGUGUCGGCAGACUAUAUUUGUAUGCCCUCAGUAACCAGUCAGGUAGUCCCAGUCUGGAGCAGCUUACCAGUCAAGACAUGCCAGGUGUUCUAGACAUCAAGUGGUCAUAUCACCCAGUGGCAGGUCAGGCUUGCUUUGCACUGGUCAACUCAGUUGGUGAGCUGCGAGUCUAUAAGCUGCUGGAGGAUAGGUCUGUUGCCAUGGUAACAAGGGCAGAACUGACUCCGCAGAGUCUUGGUCUGUCAUUAGAAUGGAACAACAUGACAGGAAAUAGCGAAAAUACAAUGCGAGUGGUGAGCUCGGACUCGACAGGUCAAAUACAUGUACACCAAGUAGGGGAGAGCAGUCUGGUUGCCUUAGAAACUUGGAAGGCACAUGACUACGAAGCCUGGAUAGCAGCAUUUAACCAGAAUGACACACAAAUUGUCUAUACAGGUGGAGAUGACUGUAGACUAAAGGGCUGGGACCUGAGAGUAGGCACGGCUUCUCCUGUCUUCAACAGCAAAAGACACACAAUGGGUGUAUGUAGUAUUCAAAGCAACCCUGUGCAGCCUCAUUUGCUAGCCACUGGAAGUUAUGAUGAGGAGCUGUAUAUAUGGGACAGUCGUCAGAUGUCACGCCCCCAGCAGUCGGUCUCCCUAGGGGGUGGGGUUUGGAGGGUGAAGUGGGAGCCCUGCAAUGCCUCACAGAUCCUCACAGCUACCAUGUACAAUGGUUUUCACAUCAUUAACGUUACAGAUAAUGCCUGUGACAUAGUUUGUCACUAUAAAGAGCACCAGUCCAUAGCCUAUGGAGCCGACUGGUGCAGAAUCCCUACAGACUCGGCAGGAAAGCAGAUUUGUGAUGAUCCCGAGGACAGGCAAGCAACAAGAUGCCAGCCUAGCUCCCCCACACAUACCAUUGCUACAUGCUCUUUUUAUGAUCAUUUGUUAAAAUUAUGGACUGUUAAGUGAUUUGAAUAAAACAGAAGAAAGUUAA